AUGAAGGCGCUAAUAAGAAAAGCAGAGGCGCGGGAAAAUCUUGAGCAGUAUGAAGAGUCAAUUGCUGACAUGACUAAGAUUUUAGAAUUGGAUCCAACAAAUGACCAAGCUAGAAGAAGCAUCAGUCGUUUAAAGCCAUUAGCUGAUGAAAAAAGAGAAAAAAUGAAGGAAGAGAUGAUUGGAAAAUUGAAAGAAAUGGGGAACUCUAUUCUGGGCUGUUUCGGAAUGAAUGUUGACAACUUCAAAGUCGUCAAAGAUCCAAAUACUGGUUCAUAA